AAAGAACAAACACACCCUCCGUCAUGGCUGCCACAAACCUAACAUUGGAUCAGAUCGAAGAGAUUCGCGAGGCCUUCCAGGUGUUCGAUCGCGAGAACAAAGGAUGCAUCACCUGCAAGGAGCUGGGAACUGUGAUGCGUUCGCUGGGCCAGAACCCCACCGAGGCGGAGCUGUACGAUAUGAUUGACGAGAUCGAUCUGGACGGGGAUGGGACGAUCGACUUCUCCGAGUUCCUGUACAUGAUGUCGCAACGGAUGGAGGACCUCGGCAGCGAGGAGUCCCUGCUGCUGGGCUUCAAGAUCUUCGAUCGUGACGACAAUGGCUAUAUAAGCACCCUCGAGCUGAAGACCACCAUGAUGAUGCUGGGCGAGAAGGUGACGGACGAGGAGGUGCGCGAAAUCAUGGCCGAAAUCGAUCAGGAUCACGAUGGCAGGAUCAGCUACGCCGAGUUUCUCAGUGCCAUGCGGGGCUAGGCCCGAAAUACUCUACAAAAUUCCAAUCAACAAAUAAAUUCACAUGAAGAGCCCCCUUCCGAGGAACUCUUUUACUUUA